CCAUCCUUGAGAAGAAGUUAUUUUCUGAGGGUUGUGCUUAAGAACCAGUUCGAAAGGAAAGGCACAUACAUGGCACCAUUCAGCCAGGAACCAGAUUUCGAUUAAAUAUAAGGAAAAAUGCCUUAACUGUUAGAGCGGUAUGAUGGAACCAAUCCCCUCAGGAGGUGGAGAGUGUUCCAACACCAGAGGCAUUAAAAAAAAAUUAGAGAGCCACCUGUCAGAUUUACUUUGAUUUGAUCCCUGCAUUGAGCAGAGGGAUGGACUCAGCGGUUUUACAGGCCCUUUCCAAUUGGGUUAUUGUGUAAUUAUGCUGUUCUAGAGUUCUUAUACUAGAAAUUUUGGGUGAGGAACGAAUUCUCCUCUCAGCUUUUAAAACACAAGACAGAAUGUUGUAGAAGCCAUAGAGGACCAGAGCUAUCCACGCUCUGACAACAGUACAGAUCAAGUAGAAUGGGGUCUUCAGAGGCAGCAAGUUUAGACAGAACUCUCUGAUAUCAUAGCAAGGGUCUUACAAGCAUGUUGCUGUUUCCAUUGGAAGAAAAUGUACCUGCCCUUUGUGAGGACAAGGCCUAAGAUAAGAAAAGCGGACACUGUUUGAACCAGCAUCACACAAUGGCUUUGUAGAGUAAACUGUGAGCAUAGAACAUAUAUGCUUCUUAUCAGUAAACACUGUUCCAUUGUGUGUUUUAAGCUGUAGCCAUAUAAGGGAGUGGCUUGGAAUCCUGAAGUGGCUGCCAGACUCUUCUGGUAGUGGAAGAAGGCAAAGAAACAAGAACUGGAAAUAUGGAGAAUGGCAGCCAGACAGUGUGUGGCCAGGUGGUGACCAAAACCAAAAACCGAAUUAUUGGGGGAGAGGAUGCGUCUCGUGGUGCCUGGCCAUGGCAAGUCAGCCUACAGUACAAGGGGAAGCAUGUCUGUGGAGCAACCCUCAUCAGUGCUGAAUGGCUGCUGACUGCAGCCCACUGCUUCCCAAGCAAAGCAACACUCUCUGAGUACCGAGCAAAUCUGGGGAACUACCAACUCCUGAACGCAGACCCCAAUGCUGUGUGGCUGAAGCUCUCCCGUGCGAUUGUGCACAAGAGCUAUGCUGGCGAUGGCUCCAGUGGAGAUAUUGCUUUGGCUCAAUUGGAAGGUCCAGUCCUCUUUACCCAAAGUAUCCUCCCAGCUUGUCUUCCAGAUGCCACAGUCCAGUUCCCAGGUGGUACCUUAUGUUGGGUGACAGGAUGGGGAGAUCCAAAAUAUGGAGCCUCCCUCGGGGCUCCAAAGACAUUGCAACAGAUCAAGUUACCCUUGAUAGACACAAUGCCUUGUGAUGCUAUGUACCACCUUGGCACCAAUAUUCCCCCCACUACCAGAGAGAUCCAGGAUGAUAUGUUCUGUGCUGGUUAUGCUGCAGGAGAAAAAGAUGCAUGUUCGGGUGAUUCUGGAGGCCCCCUGGUUUGCCAAGAAGAUGGUGCCUGGUACGUUGCAGGCAUCGUGAGCUGGGGUGACAUGUGUGCCGUUCCUAACCGUCCAGGUGUCUACACUCGUGUCAACUUCUAUGAGAAUUGGAUAAAGAGGCAUCACCCCCGGGCACAGUUUGGCCUUGUAAACAUCACCUAUUACCAAGUAGUCACUCCAUCUGCAUCUACUUCCAGCCUAGUCCUCAAAGAUUUCAAUGUUCAUUUCCUCUUCACGGUCUUCUACUUCACCUGGGUCCUCCUAACAUAGAGGAUCAUUACAAGAUUUCAUUGUGUUUUCUUCACUGAUUCUGGAAAACAAGCUCCUUCAGUACCUUCCACUAAAAACUUGCCUGAAGACUGAUUCUUAGUCAUACAUCUUUGGUGAUGUAUUAAGAGCCUGCUUCUGGAGAAUUCUAGAAAAUUCCACGUUCAGUCAGCAACAUUAUUCAACAUCAACAGCAUGGGGCUUCAUGGAUUUAGAGACACAUUGUGGGUAUGCGGCGUGGGAGGGAGAUUUUAAUUAUGAGAACAGAGGACUUUUUCCUUUCCAACACCACCCUGCAUCACUUCCCCCCAAUUCUAUUGAAUUGUUUUCUACAUUGGAAGAGGCGUUGUCUGUGUUCCGUUCCAAAUGGUGCUAUUUUUGAAAACUAGUGCAUAAUAUGCACAUUUGUAUAAAUCUGUGAUGAUGACCACAGGAAUUCUAUUUCUUCUUGGAAAACUCAGACUCUCAUACUGACUGUCUUCUCCCUGGAAUAAGGAGAAGGAGGAAUGGGAAUACCAUCCUUAUCAUGGAAAUGACUUGAAAGGGAUUUCAAUGUUUUUGGUAUUUAAAUAGGUGUGCUUUGUAUUUAAAUAGGCAUGUGUGUGUGUGUGUGUGUGUGUGUGUGUGUGUGUGUGUGUGUGUUCUAAUGUGUGGAUGGGUGGGGCGCAAUGCAGUGGGGGACCCACAGGACUACCUCUUUCUCAGAGUUUGGAAAUGUUACUUUAUUUGGACGACCAAUCCUUAGAUCCCUAAAUCAACCACUGAUCUUGCUGGCCAGGGGAUUUUAAGAUAUGUAGUCCAAAAAGCAACCUUUCUAAGCUCUGGUCUCUUCAAUACAGAUUUUUGGAUCUUUGCCUAAUCCACUUCUGCAAAGGGAACUCUCCCUUCCCGGGGUAGAGGCUUCUUAUUGGUGGGCUACAUAGAUAUACAGAAGCUGGUUGUUGAUUCAUGGGAUUUUGUAAAAUUCGGAUGAUUUUCCCUGCCAUCAAUUAUGACAGAAAUUUCUUAGAUCAAUAGUUCCCAGUCUUGGGUCCCCAGAUAUUCUUGGAGUAAAAAUCCAAGACGCCUUCGUCACUAGCUGUCCAGGAUUUCUAGGAGCUGUAGUCCAAGACCAUAUGUGGACCUAAGGUUGAAAACAUUGCCUCAGAGGAAUCUGACACCUCCAUAUUUCAUCCUUCACUUGAAUGAAGAAAAUGAUAGAAAACAAUUAAAAUGAUACAACAUCAAAAGUGGGAGUUGUGGUGUUUAAUUGUUAUACUACUGAAGAGUAUACGUACAUACAAAAAGAAAACAGUCUGUGUGUUAUCUGGGAGUGGCUUAGUAUAACAAGCAGCUUCGCCCCAAUGGCUGAAAUCCAGCAAUAAGUCACAACCAG